UUGUUGCGGCCAGACUCACUCAUUGUUUUGGCAGGAUGGCCGCCCCUGUCAGUGACAGUAAUCAGAGACCACUACAGAAUGCCAUGAAACUCGUAAAAGUGGCCAUUCAGCUGGACACAAGCAACAGACACAAGGAGGCGUACUGUGAAUACUUAAAAAGCAUUAACUACAUCUCUCAUGCUCUGCUUGAAGAUGCAGCAUCUACACACGAGGGAGAGCUGGAGUCAGUGGAAAUGGAAAAGAUGGUGAAACUGGUUGAGCAAUGUUUAGAGAGGGUCAAAUCUUGCAUAGAAAGAAAGCACAAGUCUCCUGCGUCAGUCUCCUCCACACCAACUCCACUAAACUCUCUCAAACAGACCACCCUUCCUGUCGUUCCAGUAACAAUUGAUGCCAAAAUGACAGAAACAUCUAAUGAGGCAGCAAUGGUUUGUAAACAGCAUCCUAAACUUCAGCCCAACAGACAUCGCAGAGUCCUCUCAGAUGGAGGGGCGACAGGGUCAUCCUUUCUCCCACCUGAAGUCUUCCAGAAGUUUCAGACAGUGGAGUCACAAGACAACAGAAAGGAAUUGACGCCUAUUGAGGAGGCAUCACGUCUUAACCAGAAACUUAAGGCUAAUUAUGAGGCACGGAUGGCAAGACUUACUCCUGGUCAGGCCACACAAAAGACUUCAUUGACCCUCUCACUCCAGAGGCAGAUGAUGGAGAAUCUGAUAAUAGCCAAAGCCAGGCAAGAUGCUCUUCAACGGAAAAUGGAGGAGAGGAGACUCCGGCUGCAGGAGGAAGCCAACAGGAGAUUUGCCACCUGUGGGACAAUGACACAAGAGGAACAAGAGCAGCGAUUUCUUUAUGCAAGCGUGCUUGAAUACGAGCAAGAUCAUGAAUGGCCAAAAAUUUGGAAGGCUAAUUUGAAAAAGAGUCCAAAUGAUCCGACACUGGUUUCAGGUCUUAUUGCCUGUCUUUUCAGCUGCCCAGAUCACCCAGUCAUGGAGUUGUUAAAGAGGCUUCAGUACAGGGUGUAUAACAGUCUGUACCCCAUAGUGAGCCAGCAUGCUCAUCUGAGCCCAAUGCCUGGUUGCUCACUACCUUUAAAGCCCUCCCACAGUGCCCAGAGCCUGCUCCUCUCCGACAUUCCCAUCUCGCCACAGCAGCAGCGGAACCCAUUCAAAUCAGCUCUUAAACAUAGUUUAUCUGACGCCUCUAUCUCCCUUUCCCCGUCCCACGACGUCAAUGCCAACGACACAAAGUCGGAGGCAGACCCGGACGAGCCCCCAUCUCUAGGUGGUACAGAUAGGGAGAACUCCUUUGAGGAUCUGGAAAAUUUCCUUACUCAGCUGGACUGGGUUCCUUCUCACAGUGGUGAAGACACAGAUUCUGAUGUGAUCAUAGACACGACGCACAUGGACCAAGGGACUCAUAUUCAAGAUCUUGAGGAGCGUGCUCUGAAAGAACAUCUGAAGGCAAUAGUCAAAGACAUCCACAAUUCUAUCGAUCGUCUGCUGUCUCUGUGUCUUCUGUCCUUUGAAUGUCUCAACACUGCAAGUUCUAAAGACCAAUGUGUGGCGAGUAUAGAGGAAGUUUUCUUCACACCCAUUUGGCGCCCUCUGCUGGCACUGUUUAGGAAGGUGCAUCGAGAACGAGAGUUGGCUGUUGAGAGCAGCAUGCGUCUUUAUCAUAAUGUUUCACCAGGUGAUAUUGGUAUAGCAUCUAAAUUGUUCCCCAGAGACCCUGCUGUGCUGCACGGUUCCUACCCAUACGAGUCGGCAGUACAGGAGCUGAAACUUCUUUGUAGAGACUAUUGUCCUCAGAAGAAACUGGAGUGUAUAGUGCGAGCCCUACGAAUUAUCUGUGCUUGUGCUGAAGAAUACCGCCUGCUGCAAGAAAACGACCCUCCACCCAAAUCAGCAGCCAUAGGGGCCGACGACCUGCUGCCCAUCCUGGCGUUCGUGGCUUUACGCAGUGAAAUGCCUCAGCUAGUCUCUGAAUGUGCUGCGUUGGAAGAGUUCAUCCAUGAGGGGUAUCUGAUUGGAGAGGAGGGGUACUGCCUGACGUCAAUGCAGAGCGCACUGACCUAUGUUGAGUCAUUGUUCUUGGGUGGGGCGCCACCCCCCGCUGCCAAACCCACCUGAUCGGAAGCAAGACUGAGGUUUGGAUCAACAUGAAGGUGAUAUAGCCAGUAGAAAUAUCCCAUCCUCUUUUGACGGAGCUCAAACAGGACCUGCUCAGGAUCAGCUCAUCUGCUAAGCCUGUUUAGUCCCAGAUCUUGCCAUCCUGAAGUUACGUUAAAAUCUAUUUCGCAUACCUUUCUGCACUCUGAAGGGACUGGUGAAGGCCACGCACUGUGUUUUGGGCACUACAGGGAAAGUUCAUCAGAAUAUGGUUAGAACUGGUAACUGUGUUGUAGCCAAGGCAAAAAAAAAAAAAAAAAAAUGUAAUGAAGGGACUUGUGGAAAGGUAAUGCUAUGUUAUUGUAAAUGGAAUGAACUCUAAUGACAUGCUUUUUAUUUUCAAGCCCUAUUGAAUUUUAUUUUGUUGUUUGAAUGAUUUUUUCCCAAAUGAUACGCGAGACUAAAUCACUACUAGCGUCAGGCAUCCAAUUUAUUAAUAUACAAUAUUAAAAAGAGUGACACCAAUUCAUUUAGUUUUUUGUAUUUUAGCUCAGAAUUUUAGCCUUUGUUUGAGCUAAAUGGGUAGGAGAAAAUGGAUAUUUGAGUGGAUGAUUGUAAAUGACAUUGUUGAAACAAGUCAGAUUUUUGUACUGCGUGCUCUGUAUUUCUCUCAAUAUACCACUAUGCAUACACGCAUCAUGUUAGUGUAUGGUUCUCGUUAAGCAGUAGGCAUAAUAGGUUUUAUAUAUAUUUUUUUAUAUCGAGUUAUUUAAAUGCUUUUCAAUCCACAAGUCAAGUAAGUGAAGUCUGAAAUCAAUGUGAAAAAACAAAGUUUGGAUGUGCUAUGAAACGCAAAUGCUGCUGUACCAUCUGUCUUCAGUCAGAUCAGAUUUUGCUGAUGUGACAGGAUAUAAAAUGAAUUAGCCAUAAUAUAUAUUUAUAUGCUUUGUGUGAAAGUUAUGUUUUGUAUUUAAUGCAGACUAUAACAGAGACUGCAAUGUAUGUGUGUUGUUGCUUAAGAACUGUUGUGUGAAUUAUAAUGUGGAUGUAGCCUGAAUCGUCUCUGUACUGGAGAGCCAGAAACCAUGCAGUUUUAUAGAGUCAAACUAUAAUUCUCUGAUUAGACAAGCCUUUGGGAGAUGGUGAAUGCACAUAGGCAUGGUUUACAAGUGCAUGGCAUGUGAAUAUUCUAAUAAUAAAGACUAUGUAACCCUUGAA